AAGGUGUUGAAGAUUCUGAAAAUGUUAGGGACGGAUUUGACGGCCUUGGGGGGUGAGUUGGACUUGAAUGCGCGUGUGGAACGUAUUGCUGGCACGGAGCUAAAUGUGUCUGCUCUCACUAAAACGUUUGCUGAUAGAAUGGAUGCGGAUUGGGAGGAUAGGAGUUUGGAAGAUGACCCGCGGCUUUUCAACCCAGUAGACCCCGUACCAGGGGUUGGAGUUAAGAUGUGCAGGUACAAAAAUUGGAUGGGUGACCCGGUCGACAGGGGGUACAUUACUCAGCGGCAGCAUGUGAACCUGAUGCGUUUUCGGCUGUGUGUGUGGGGCAUUGAAGCCAAUCGCCCUAGGGGUAGGCAACGAGUAGCGCGUGUCUGUCCUAUGUGUGCCGUGCAGGGGUCGCCGGGGAGAGUGGAAGAUGAG